CCAAUUAAACUUGUCAAAGUAUGAUCUUUGUCAAAAUUUUAUUCCCGAAAAUGUGGUUUCUUUGUGAUAUUUGUGUUUCAUAUUAAUGUACCUUCGAAAUUCAUUAUGGACUGUUUCAGCGUCGAGUCUGAGUUUAUCGAAUCUUUGGACUUUUUGAGUCCUCCAGUGAAAAGACUUCAGAACAGCCGAGAAGCUUUUGGUAGUGCGUUCUACAACGAACCGAGUAACGUUCACUUGUUGCGGGGACUUCGCAACAAAUUCUCGAGACGAUCACACAACUCCCCAAAAUCCUCCAGAAUUAUUAAUAUCAAACAGAGUGUGGACUCCUCCACGUCCUUGAUACUUAAGAAAACUUCUGAAAGAAAGAUUCUAGAACAUUAUUCAGUCCUUAGUUACACAAGCUUGCAGCACCCCCCAGACGACAACGUUGGUAAACUCGCUAAACCAGAUGCUAAACAAGAUUCAUCCGAAAAGCCACUGAUUAAGGUGACAGUGAUACCGAGAACUGAUCACGUACAGACAGCUAAGCUGUUGAGGAAACGGAGAUAUAUCCCCAAGAGAGUUAGUAGUACUACGUCCAAUCAGGAAAACUCUGUGCAAACGAAAAACGUCUACCUCAUAGUAGCGGGGCGUAGAAGAGAGAAAAUAUACGAGAUUAAAACAACUGGCAGCACAAAAUUCUCCACAGAUCACGACAGUCACGUGAAAGAUGAUGAGCUUCCCAUAAAAGAGCUGUCAAACUUCAAACAUCUGAUCGAGUCGCUAAAUAUGGACAGGAAGAAAAAGAAAACAAAAAAGGGUCAUGUGAACUCUGACGCGCCACAGCAGACCUCCUUAGAAUGGAAGGGCUACCCGAAGUGCGAGAACUGUUUCUGUGCACAGACGAUGCCGGAAGAACCCGACUCCCAGUCGCCGCAAAAAAGCCGCAUCAAAAUAUUCGGCCAGUUCGGGAUCUCCGAAGACGAUAAAUAUGUACUUAGAUAUGGAGCUAGUGUAAAUGAUAAACAAGUUUUAUCAGACGUCGCUCAGCUGACUCGGGACUUUUCGCCCAUUGCACCGUUUGGACCCUUUCCGAAAUGCACUUCAUCGAUUGACGAAGACCCUUCGCGGCAAAAAGAGUCCGGUACACAAGCUGAUUAUGACAAUGACCUAAUAUUUGAAGUAGCAACCAAGGACACAAUACCUAGCAAGGAGUCUCAAGGGACUCAGGUUAAUUUCAAUGUGCAAGUAGCAACUAUGACGAAAGAGAAAACUUCUCGAUUUUCGGACAAGAAGAUACAGUGCACUUGCUGCGCCGCCCAAUCCUCCAAUAAAAUGGACCAUAAAGUUCUUAAAGACUGUCAAAGUCCUCUAGUUAUAAUAUCUGUUUACCCCAAACAAUGUCCCGAUGACUCGGGGAUGGAAGAAUCGGUUCUCAUGCCAAAAGAAUUAUUUUGUCCAUCCCCGCCACACAUGAGUACGUACACUAGCAGCCAGAUUAUAAAGACGGAUAAAAGUUCAAAAAAAACUGCUCCCGAUUCAAACAAAAAACACAAUAGGCCUAGCCCUAGAAGCCGUUCGCCGUCUCCUACAAAAAAGCCAUCGAGAGGCAAAAUGCCAGAAGAUAAAAUUAUUGAAAAUAGACUAAAUAAAUCACACAUGAACGAAAGGAAAAACGCGGAGCGGCAAAGCCCAGACCGCAAAGCACUUAAAGCUAUUAAAGACAAGAUACAUGAGAAAGACAAACUAAAACAAGAUGCAGGCACUCGAAAACCAUCGAAAUUUAAUGCAACUAGUGCUACACAAGCCGGCAAAAACGCACAAGUUGCCGUUUCAAAUGCAACACAGGUAUCUAAUAAAAAUCAUAUAGUAGCUUCUAAUGCCACGCAGGUCUCUGCUAGAAAUAGACAAAAUUUUACUGUGUCAAAUGCAACACAAGUUAAAAGUCCGCCAAAUAUUGCACUUGUGAAACAUAAUAAUGUUCAAACCGUUAUAACUCCGAAUAAACAUCCUCAAAUGGCAAACAUGUCUAACGCUACGCAGGCAACUAGGAGUACAAAACGUAUAGUCGCAACAAAUGCAACACAAAUCUCCAAAAAUGAAUACUUUACUUCCAAUAACGCAACUCAAGUCUCGAAAAAUCGACCAAGCAGUAAUUCACCACGUAGAUUCAGAAAUCAAGAAACGUUUACCGCGCCAGCAAAAGUUUAUAAAAAUGAACAAACAUCUGAAACUCGGCCAUUACAAGAAAGGGGGACAAAUACGGACCAUGCCCGAACAAAGAAGGCUUUGGUAGAAACCUACACGAAGAAGUUAACAGAACAGAUGAACCAGAAGGACUACUUUCCUGCUAGGUACGACAGCUCCAAGAUCACAAUCAACAUAGACGGCGAUAAGGAGUACUAUGAUGUGCUUUUUAACCAAGAUAAACAGUCAACUGAUUUGACUGUACGGAAAACGUUAAAGGACAUGAGCUCCCAAAAAGGUUUAGAAGAAGAGCCUUCGGUGUCGUUGGAAAACUUACUGUAUAUGCCCAGCGAUGAAGCCAAAUGUAUAAUUUCUGGAAACAAAUCGCCGGAAAAAUCCUUGUCUAUAGCACUGUAUAAUAACGUAAGUCAUAACAAUGGAUGUAAAGACCAGUCAUCUAUAUUAAUUGAUCGACGAUCUGACGAUGAAACACCAUUAACCAAACAUGUUUCAAGAUUUUCCAUACGAGAUAGUCUAGAGAUUUCCCACAGGCGUGAAGACAAAAGCAAUCAUAAUAGUAAUAAUAUCAAGAACACACAAACCUGUUUUACUGCUCAAUUAACUGAAACCAUCCCAGAUGAAACGGAAUUCUUAGCCCCCAUUAAACAUUACACAGGCGAUGAUUGCUCCAUCUGCGAUCCCAUAGAGAGAGAUAAACAGAUCAGGGAGCUAUUGGGUGUCGAAAAAAGUAAAUUUGGCUCUUCCAAAACACUACAGAAAAGCCAAGUGACGGAAAUCAAUUUUGAAUUCCAAAAACUUUGUCCUUGCUUUAAACAUCCCAAGACCAAAACCUUUCAGAAUACAUCCGUACAGGUUCAUCCUAAUUUAGUUUCAACUAGAAAUAUGAAACAUGACACGUAUUGCAGUCCAUCCGGCAACACUAAAGAGUCAAAAGGGUCUAAACAGUCAAAACAGUCAAAAGCUUCAAAACAGUCGAAACAGUCAAAAGUGUCAAGGCAGUCAAAAGGUCAACAAAAAAGUGACGACCACGAUUGUUGUAUCGCCGAUAUCUGCCCCAAUUAUGACUUGUAUGACAAUGACGAGGGCGAAGAUAAUGUACAUGUCAAAUAUGAUUAUGCAAUAGGUAAUGAAAAUAAAGAUAUAACAUUCGAUAGUCAAAAUCAAUCUUCUAUCUAUCAACAAUUAAUAUUAAAUCGGAACAUUCAAGUUUUCCUUCAAGUAGAACAAUUUUCGAAACAAAAACCUAUAGUGCUUUCACGUAAACAAUAUGAUAAAGUAAAAAAAACGAUCCAAAAAACUAUUUGUAAAGAAAAGAAAAGUAAUCACGAUAAACGAAAGAAAAUAUGUCAUAAAUGCGUAAGAAGUGAGGUUUCCGUUGGAGCAAUAAGGACAAAGAACGAGAAAAAGGUCCAGCCGUCAAACAAGCAUACAGAUCAAGAAGCACAAACAGAAUUACCGCCCUGUGACCAUACAUCUGGUAGAAGAGAAACAAGGAAAUCGCUGAAUAAAAGAAAACAGAGCAAACGCGUAUCUUCCGAACACAGUGAAGACUUUAGCGGAGAUGGGCCCAUGGACCACCAUCGGAAAACUAUACACAAUAAACACCAUCAUCAGAAAAGAGGACGUUCCAUAUCCCGAGACAGCGAAGCUAUAGCUCUUAAAUCGCGUGAUCUAAAUGUUAAACUUCUUAGUAAUGAAUCCAGUUAUACGACAACACGCAGUAAUUACAGUAGAAAAAGUAGAACACGACACAGGACCAAAUCUGACGACAAACAUAAACACAUAGCUGUGGAUGCAACUGGUCAUAAACAUUUGGAUCAUGGUACACCUGCGGAGACCCAGUCAAGUGAAGAAGAUUGUGGGUGUUGCACUCCUAUUCGAUGCGAAGAAUUGGAAAAUGAAAUGUUAGCCAAGUGGAAAAGAGAACUUACUCCAGAACAUAGCCCGGAUCAUAAAAGGGAUCACAGCCCAGAACGUCAUAAAGACAGAAAAAGAUUAAGAGAUCAGAACAGCGAAGAUAUAGAAGUGGAACGGAGAAUAGAGCACUACGACGAUGCAGAUAAAUUAUGUUGUCAUCCAGCUGAAAUCAAAACCAUGGUUUUAUAUAACGCUGAUGAUGCGAAAGCAGACUCCGUUAACUGCAAACAGACUGGCAUUGACACACCGCCGAGAAAAACGAUGUCGUCAGUCGAAGUUCGAUAUGCAAGUGUUGCUUACAUGAAACAGGUAGCCUAUUCAUCAACAGAUAUGGGAGCUUUAUCUAACUCGAGCCUGCCACAUAUAAAUUCGUUUCAAACAAUUUUUAGAGGUCACAGAAAAUCACCUACACCUAAUCUCGGCACUUCGGCUUACUCUUUGUAUUCAGAUGAUGGAUUGCCCUCCGAGAAUAAAUCAGCAAAGUUUUUAAUGGAGCCGCGGGAUUCCAAACCAAAAAAGCCGUUCUUGAGACGUCUGAUGUCCUGUUUAGUUAUGAGGUCGACGAGAAAUUCAGAUUUGAAGUUACCCACCGGUCCAGCUCCGGACCUGCCUAGUGUCAACAGUUCCAUAGAUUCAUAUCACAUUAGUACUUCAUUUGGUGCUGUUGAAGUAAGUUCGUCGAUCUACGACACGUCAGCAUCGUUUUACAGCAAUCACACAAUUCUCCCCGUAAACAGCAAAAUCAAAAGAGGGUUUUUCAGCUCAGUCAGAGGUUUCCUUACAAACCGUAAGAGCUGAUAUUAUACAAGAUUUUUUCGAAUUUUUAUUUUUAUACUAUGUUCAUGAAUGAACUUGUUAUUCAUGUGAUUGUCUACUGUUUUAUGAUGAAAAGUAUAUUUAAAGAUGUGC